AUGCAAACACUUCCCCCUCCAGUCCUCGCCCUGCUGUACUACUGCCUGUUUGCAGUUUUGGUUAAAUCAGUUCCCGUGUCCCACACUCCCCCGGCGUUCAGGGAGGCAGCGGAACGGGCAAAGACGCUGGUGGAGAAAAUCCUCAGAGACCUCCCCGCCGUGCACGCCGCCGCCAUCAACACAGAGGGUUUGACCCUGGACCCCUCGCCUCAGACCCCAAACCUGCAGUUGAUGGUGACCUCACUGGGCAUCCCCGCCGCCCCCAUCCUCAAACCACUGUCUGAACGCUUCACAAAGGACAUGUGUGUGAGUCGUAUGUCAGUGGGCUGUCUGUUGUACCAGGGGCUGCUGGGAGUUUUGUCUGACAGGCUAAGCGGACUGACGAACCUGCGAGCCGACCUCAGAGACCUGCUGACCCACAUCAACAAGAUGAAGGAGGCAGCUCAGCUCAGCGCCGAGAGUCCGGAACAGAACCAGAGUCUGGAUCUGGCCUCUCGUCUCAAUGGUAACUACGAGGUGCAGGUGGCGGUCCAUGUGACGCUGACACAGCUUCGUUCGUUCUGUCACGACCUGAUCCGCAGUCUGAGAGCCAUCGCCACCUACAGACGCAGAGCUGCAGGUGCACCCUAAGCCCUGCCCACCGGUGGGAUUGGAAUAAAGAUAAAGAUAUUAAAGACCCGUUGGUUUCUGAACAGUGAAUCUGAGGCUCAGUGGGUGUUUCACCCGGCGCCAUCUUGCUGGUGUCUGACUCAUCCCAGUUCCUAGCUCAUCCAAAAAGGGUCAAAGAGAUGGAGCACAAGUGGAGCUGAGGUGGGCUGAAUGAAGACUGAAAGCUGACUUGACUUCGAACCUGCGUCUUCGAACCUGCGUCUCCGAACCUGCGUCUCCGAACCUGCGUCUCCGAACCUGCGUCUUCGAACCUGCGUCUCCGAACCUGCGUCCUGAUGCUUUGUUUUCUUUAACCACUCAGAGUUUCUGCAGCGUUUUCAGAAGUUGACAGGAAUCGCUCUUGUGAUUUAUCUGCAGAUCAAUUCUUUAUUGAUAAUUAUUUAUUAACAAUUCUGAUUGUGUGUCAUGGGACACAUGACACUCGGAGCUUCUCUUCCCAGCUUCUCCUUCCU